AUGUCUUCUUCAGACGACGAUAUGCCGAUUCGGAAAGGCAGGAUGAACGGAGUCAAGUCUCAAGACCACAUACCUAACAACGUCGACCGAGCGUUAGACAGAGAGAUGCCUUCGAACAGCGAUAUAAAUCCCGGCGUGUCCGUCCGCAUGGGACCUGUGGAGGAGGAAAUGGAAGUUGACGAGCCACACUCUGGCGCUCACACAAACGGGAAGCGCAAGGCUCGCGCCAGUCUCUCAAAUGGCAAGAGCUACAAGGAGGCCAGCGCCUCGGAGGAAGAGGACGACAUACCCUUGAGCAAACGGCGCAAGACAUCGAAGCCUAAGCCAGCUUCCGACUCAGAGCUCAGCGACGACAAACCCAUGGCCCGCAAGACCCAUGCCAAGAAGCCUCCAAAGGUCACAGCUGCGCAGAUUGGCGAGUCAUCGGAUUCGGAUACUCCGUUAACCGCCAAACUUGCCAAGGAGAAGAAGCAGAUUGAGAAGGCUGCUGAGAAAACGGCCAAGGCGAUCCGUGCGGAAGAGAAGAAUGACGACGACGCCCCUCUCGUCAAGAAGAAGAAGCCGGCAGCAUCUGCGAAAAAGGCCAGCAACGGAGUGAAAGACGAGUCCGACGACGAUGUCCCGUUGAGCCGCAAGGCGCCUCCUGCAAAAAAGGCCAAGGGCAAGGCCGAACCGUCAGCACCCGCGAAGAAGGGCAAAGGCAAGGCCGUGAAGGCGGAAACUGAGCAAGACGAGGAUGCCGAGGCGGAAGAAGAGGAGUACAGAUGGUGGGAGGAUCCAUCUAAGGGCGACGGAACCAAAAAGUGGACCACUCUUCAGCAUAGCGGUGUUGUGUUCCCACCUCCGUACGAGCCUCUUCCGAAGCAUGUCAAGAUGCGCUACAACGGCGUUCCUGUAAGUCUCCAUCCGGACGCCGAAGAAGUUGCCGGGUUCUACGGGUCCAUGCUUAACUCAACCCACAAUGUUGAAAACCCAACCUUCAACAAAAACUUCUUUGGCGAUUUUAAGGAGAUUCUGGAUAAAACCGGCCACGCCAAAGACAAGGACGGCAAGACUGUCAAGAUCACCUCGUUCGAGAAGUGCGACUUCAAACCAAUCUUCGAGUACUAUGACGCCCAGCGUGAAGCGAAGAAAGCCUUGCCUGCAGCUGAGAAGAAGGGGAUCAAAGCUGCCAAGGACGAAGCUGAGGCGCCUUACAUGUACUGCAUGUGGGACGGCCGUAAGCAGAAGGUCGGGAACUUUCGCGUCGAGCCCCCUGGACUGUUCAGAGGCCGGGGAGAGCAUCCAAAGACAGGCAAGGUGAAAAAGAGGGUACCGCCUGAGCAGAUCACCAUCAACAUCGGCAAAGAAGCAACCGUCCCGCAGCCACCGGAAGGCCACCGCUGGAAAGAGGUUAAGCAUGACCAAGAAGGCACAUGGCUGGCUAUGUGGCAAGAGAACAUCAACGGCGCAUACAAAUAUGUUAUGCUUGCCGCGAACUCCGACAUUAAAGGCCAGAGCGAUUACAAGAAAUUUGAGAAAGCAAGGGAGCUCAAGAAGCAUAUCGACCGCAUUCGUAAGGACUACAACAAAGACUUAAGGUCCGGGGUUAUGGCGGACCGGCAACGGGCUACGGCUGUUUAUCUCAUUGACCGAUUUGCUCUGCGUGCAGGUAAUGAGAAGGGUGAGGACGAAGCAGACACUGUCGGCUGCUGCUCGCUCAAGUUCGAGCAUGUUACGCUCAAACCUCCUAACACCGUGAUCUUUGACUUCUUGGGCAAGGACAGCAUUCGCUUCUACAACGAGUUCGAGGUCGACCCCCAGGUGUUCAAGAACCUCAAGAUCUUCAAGAAAGAGCCCAAGAAGGAUGGAGAUGAGAUCUUUGACCGACUCACGACGGCUACGCUUAACAAGCAUCUGAGCAGCUACAUGCCUGGCUUAACAGCCAAGGUCUUCCGUACCUACAACGCUUCUUUCACGAUGUCGCAAUUGCUCCAGGAGAUGCACUCUAAAGGCACCAUACCUGAAAAGGUCAAGGACUACAACGACGCCAACCGAAAGGUCGCUAUUCUUUGCAACCACAAGAGGACUGUUGCCGCUGGCCACGCAGGUCAAAUAGAGAAGAUGCAGGAGAAGAUUAACGGCAUCCGCUACCAGCAAUGGCGCAUGAGGCAGAUGAUGAUUGACCUUGACCCAAAGAUCAAGAAGAAGAAGGGAGCAGAGUUCUUCGAACGGCCGGAGGACCUCGAUGACGAAUGGGUGAAGCAGCACCAGGAGUCAUUGGUCACGCAAGAGCGCGAAAAAAUUCGGAAGAAGUUUGAGAAGGAGAACGAGAAGCGUGUCGCUGAUAGCGAGAAGGAGAUGAAGUCCAAGGAGCUCGAAGAGCGCAUGGAAGUAGCGGACGAGCUGGAGAAGAAGUUCAAGAAGGAGAACAAGACGGGCAAGGUGGAGGCCGAGGGCAAGGGCAUCACGAUCGAGAAGCUCGAGGCGAACAUCGAGAAGCUUACUGAACGCAUUGAGGCUCAGAAGCUGCAGCUUGAGGACAAGGACAACAACAAGGAAGUAGCUCUUGGGACUUCCAAGAUCAAUUACAUCGAUCCUCGCCUGACGGUCGUGUUCUCGAAGAAGUUCAACGUUCCCAUCGAGCGCUUCUUCUCGAAGACUCUCCGUGAGAAGUUCGACUGGGCCAUCAAGUCUGUCGAUGAGAACUGGAAGUUCUGA